AUGCAAUCGACGUUUGUGAAAGGAAGAAUUAUUCAGGACAACUCUAUGGUUGUUCAAGAAAUCCUUCACUCUGUGAGGUCCAAAAGAACCAAAGAAGGGCAUCUUCUGAUAAAACUUGACAUGGAGAAGGCCUACGGCAGACUUGAUUGGAAUGUUUUGAAAACUGUCCUCUCAAGAUUGGGAUUCCAUAAAAAUUUUGUUGGCUGGAUUAUGAAAUGUGUUACAACAUCCUCUUUCACUCUUCUUCUCAAUGGAGGGAAAGUAGGUUCCAUAACCCCAACGAGGGGUUUAAGACAAGGAGACCCUCUCUCCCCCACAUUGUUUAUCAUAGCCACCGAUGUAAUUUUUUGUCUGCUUAUGAGAGACGAAAGGAAUAAGAACUUAAAAGGAUUCAAGGUGAUUAGGCAUGUUACUUCGAUUAGCCACCUCCUAUUUGUUGAUGACAUCGUUCUUUGUGGUAAAGCCACCCUCAAAGAAACUAAAGCUCUCAUGGGUUGUUUAGACAAAUUCUACACUUGGUCUGGUGAAAAGAUAAGCAAGUUGAAGCUCUCUGUGUUCUUCUCCAAUUGUGUGCCUCAAUCAACGAGGAUGGACUUAACUGACAUCCUCCAAAUGCCUAGAGUGAAGAAUGAUUGCUUGCAUCUAGGGCUCCCUCUCCUAAUGUCAAGAUCAAGGUCAAGAGAUAUGUCGUUCAUUCUUAAUAGAGUGAACUCUAGGGUCCAAGGGUGGAAAACCAAACUACUCUCCAAAGCUGGUAGAUCAACUCUAGUGCAAUUGGUGGGGUCCUCACUGAUCUCUUAUGUGGCGGCAUCUGGCCCCUUGCCUCACUCAAUUCAGGAGUCAGUAAAUAGAGCUAUGAGAUAUUCUGAUUCUAGGAAUUGGAAAUGCAUAGUGAAAGUUGCUACUCUCUUAAAGCAAGGGCUUUAUCGAAGAAUUGGAAAUGGAAGGAAAACAUCAAUUUGGUUUGAUAGCUGGUUACCUUCACAACCUCACAGACCUACUCCGCUAUUGGAUGCUUCUCAUGGUAUAAGUUGGGUGGAAAGCAAGAAGGCUGAAGAGGGCCACUUCUACUUGGGCAACAUUCUUUGCAAAUUUGGGUUUGCGGAGUUUGCCCCAGUCACCGGGAUGAAUUUUGGGAACACCCCAUCCCCAGACGAGUUGAGAGAGCAUCUUUCAAGUGAUCGGAUCAUCCAUGAAUACUUUGAUGGUGAUUUGCAGAGGCUCAAGAGGGUUGAGGAGGGCUAG